GACAAGCCGCCGGGACCACCUGCCGGCCAAUCUGCACCGCUGCCGGUCGCACUACCCCAGUCAUGAGGCGCCCGCGGAGGCAUCCGUCUCGGCCCCGGAAUGGGCGGAUCGCCCGGUCCGGUGGAGCGUGCUUCCCCUGGCCCCUGCGCUGACGGGCAUUGGCCCCCCGCGGAAUCACACCUCGAAGCCGCUGAAUGCGUGCCCUCCACAACGAACAUCAUCCUUGGCAGAAACAAAUCGUGUUGGGCCCAGCUGGGCCCCGUGCAAUCCCGGGGAGCGACGGCACCGUCGCCGUCCCGCCUCGGCUGCAAGAUGUCGCUCGCUCUGCUCAUCAGCGGCCUCCAAAUCAAUUGCCUGAUCGCAUGCCUCGUUCGGGCGUCGGAGACCGGCCGGAGAGGGGUGGCUGACGGCCAGAACCGACCAUUGACAAGCCUCGCUCACAUCUCAUAUUUUUCCAGCAGGCCAACAGGGACCACCCGCGUCCCCACCAUUGGGGUCCUGUUCCAUGCAGGGCUCCAAACAUGGUGCGAGCUCGACCUGCAGCAAACCCAUCCCGGAAGGGGACAAGGGGGCGUCCCCGGGGGCUGUCACACGACGACGGCCCGAAAAUUCGCUUGCAGACUGUCUCUGGGAAUCCACUCGGGGAGAAGCCCAGACAGGGGCGAUCUUGCAGCCACAUAUGCGGAGAAUCUCCCCGGAAUGCCCAGUGAAGUCUCGACACAUGGUGUGGGCGCCGCAACCCGAACACAUGCGUGUCAUCGCCCGUGGGAUCAAAUUACCUGACUCUGAAGGAAACAGGGGAGGGAAGAAUCUGCGGAAGAUUGACAGAAACAGACGCGCGGGGGGGGCCAAUUUGCUGAUCUUCGCACCGGGUUUAAGACCGCAGCCUGGCCAAUCCAACGCGUUUCGGCUCACCUC